AUGACCCAGCUGCUUCUGGCCCUCUGGGCAUCUCUGAUGUUUGUGGAGCUGACCUGGGACUUGAUGAUCAUGGCGGCGCCAGCCCAAAACCUGAGCUGCUUCCAGUGUUUCAAGGUCUCCCACUUCAACCAGUGUAAGCCCAAGAAGUGCCAGGCCAACGAAAACGUCUGUCUGAGCAACGAGGUGCUCCUUUACUCUACCACAAGGAGCAGAGUUCAGAUCAGCAAGCGCUGUGCCGUCAGAUGUUCCAACUCCAACAGUCUCUACGAGUGGCCAGUGAACAAUAUAUUUCAUGCCAAGAUCACCAGGCAAUGCUGUUCAGCAACUCUCUGCAACAGAGCACCUGACAACCGGGACCUACCAGAGAAGCUCCUGUUGCCAAUGGCUCUGAGCCUCCUCUGCACCCUGCUGUCCACCCCUGUCCUGUGA